ACCUCAUGCCUAUAUAUUUUAUCCGUUCAAAUAUAAUUCUAUACGAACCAAUCCAUACAAACACAAUGAAAAUGGAAGUUAACGUUCAACGAUUCAUGGUACCUUUUUUUCUUAUUAUUACAUUGUCAACACACUCUUUUUUCCUCGUAAAAGCCCAAGAUGUUUCUGAACCGAUACUUGACGAUUCUGGUAAAGCUGUCCAAAAAGGAGCAAACUAUUUAAUUUCACCAGCGGGUCGGGGCAACGGGGGUGGACUUCAGGUGGGUUCCAUUAGGAACCGAACCGACCCGCUAGUCGUAACACAAAAUGCCGAUGAAUCUGUAAUUGGCGGUAACGUUCAAUUUUCACCAGACGACACGAAAGAAAACACCGUCAGAAUAUCGACUGAUCUGAACAUCAAAUUUACGUCUAUGGUAAUUUCUAAUUCCUCCACAGUAUGGAGAAUUAACACUGAAUUAAUUCCACAACGUUAUUUGGUGACGGUUGGUGGAGUUGAAGGAAAUCCAGGGCGUGAAACUUUGAGCAAUUGGUUUAAGAUUGGUAAGUACGAGGAUGCGUACAAACUUGUGUAUUGUCCUGGAGUUUGUGAGACAUGUAGACCAUUUUGUGGAGACAUUGGAAUACUUGUUGAACCUAACAACAAAAGGGUUUUGUUUGUUGGUUCUGAUAAACCAUUGAAAGUUAAAUUUCAAUAUACCGAGUUGGGUAUUACCGUAACCAAUAAUACUAGUCCUCCAAGCCCGAGUGCCAGUAUCCCAGACAAACUGCCAACCUUGCCCUUUAUUAAAGCUGUAAUGUGCGUUGUUAUUUGUUACCUCAUAAAUGUGAUGUGAAUUACAUGAAAUUGUAAUUCGUAUGUCGGCAGGGGCGGAGUCAGGGCAAUCCAAACCCCCUUCGUCGAAUAAUUGCACUAUAUAUAAGGUUAAAAUUAUAUAUAGAUGCUGAAUCUUCUUGAA